AGAGGCGCAGGCAGGGUGCACACGAAGGAAGAGGGUGAUGUAACAGGACGUGCCUGCAGCCCAGAUCAGUUCCUGCAACAUUGGUGCACUGAUAAAGCGGUUGAAAUUGUGAGGCUGACAUCAUCUUUUGAAAUGCUGAUAAAAACAUUUACGAGGCUGAUAUCACAGUCGUGAAAUGCAACAGGGAGUUAAUCGAAGCAUAUGGAGUGCUGUGAUGUGUGUCAGUGCGAUUUAAAGUAUUGAACUUGUGAAGACGAAUGUGUUUACGAUUUUUUGUAAGGUAGCAUCGUGAUCUUAAAACAACAACAAAAAUGCCUGGCGAGGUGGAAUACUUCAGUAUCCUCGACAACAAGGUAGCCACCAAGACCUACUGGGAGAACCGCAUGUUGGCCACGAUGGACGAAGGCGGAUGGGAGAGUGUUGCCAACGUACGGUUCCACGUGCCGGGAGUCACGCCGGUGGUCCAGGAGGAGGAGGAAUCACCCCGCACGGUGACGCCGCCCUUAGAAUUCAUCCCUGCCCCGCCGCCGCAGUUCGACAACUCCCCUGCAGAGUCGGAGGAGUCUAACCCGCCGUCCCUGGAGGCUCCUGCUAAGCUCAAGGGCGCCCCGGAGAGGGAGGAGGAGCGCCCCGCCAAGCAGUACGUGUACGGGGUGUCCGAAGCUGGUCCUAAGAAGACCGGCCGCCCAGCCCGCAUCGUCGAGACCGUGGCCAAGAAGCCCCCGUCGCAGGAGAACGUGAUCGAGGCCGAGAUCCGCGCGCAGCAGCAGAAGGAGGAGGAGCUGCGGCGCGAGGGCUGCCUCAAGAACGCGGUGGUGCGCGAGAAGGGCGCCUCGUCCCCGGCCAGCCACGACUCCGACGAGGGCUUCGUGGACCGCCUGGCUGAGGACGUGACCACGACGCCCACCAAUGGCUUCACCCACGCCAUCCCCGGCAACGAUGGGGAGCCGGUGAUCUACGACGCCGUCAGCCCUCCGCCGGAGUACUUCGGCAGCAGCACGCCCACGCCCGCGAACACCACCGAGACGAAGAUCGCCCUCGAAAUCCGCGAGUUGAGGGAACGCGAGGACGAGCUCAGAAGGAUGCGCGAGAUGUCCACCUCGAGGGAGAACUUCCUUGACGACGACGAGGUGCGGAGCUCGGCCUCCAGGGACCAGCUCCUCGAGGACCACCUGACCUCCCUCACAACCACCACCGACGAAGGGAACUUUUCCGAGUGCGGCGACCCGGCUUCCUCGGAGGACAAGAGCAGCGACGGAUCCAACAGCCGCAUCAUGUCCCCCGAACUCAUGCACCCGGGAACACACUUGGACUUCGGCCGCAGGAAGGUCACCGUCAAGCCCUUCGAGGACGAGGAGGAGGACCAGCCAGUCUACACAAGGAUGCAGAAGGAGUCUGUGAUCGAGAGGGAGAUCCGCCUCGCCAGAGAGAGAGAGGAGGCGUACCGCAGGGAGAAGGGCCUCACCAACGCCCCCGUCAGCGCCGCCCCCAGCCGCCCCGCCACACAGCCCGCCGUCGCACGCCCAUCCCCGGUCGUGACAGAUUGCCGCAGGGGCGUCCAGCGCCUCGCCACCAACAGGAUCCAGCAAGAGAUCCAGGAGACGAGCCAGAAGGAGAAGGAGCUCAGGGAUGCUGGCAAGAUCUUGACCAUGUCCGAGGAGACAGUCGAUGCCAAGGUGACCCGUAUGUCAGACUUCACGGAGGCGAGCGAGAGCCCCCGCCUCCGCCCCUCCUCCUCCAGCAGACCUGCAGGCUUCAGCACGCCCGUGACGAAGCGCAGCCCCUCCCCCCGCAGCCCCUCCUCCCCCGUGCCCAACUUCACCCCCUCCCCCGCCAGGGGCCUGACCAAGAGCCUCUCCACCACCAACCUGGCCAGCCCCACCGCCGCCGCCACCAUGCGGGCGCCGAAGGGCCUCAUGCAGAAGUUCAUCGCCUCCCGCGGCAAGAUGACCGCCUCGGCCUUCUCCUCCCCUCCCCCCGCCCUCACCCACGUGGCAUCCACAUCCCGGGGCGUCCCCACCAGACCCAUGAGAGUGGAACCAAAGACUGCAGUUGUACAGAGGGAGACGCUCGCACGGAUGAGGACAGAGCCAGCAGACACCGUGGAUGAACCCCUUAGACAGCAGAAUAACCAGGUUUAUCGCCGGACUCACUGCACAGCGGAGGAGAAGAUCCAGUCAGAGCUGAGAGAAAUGCAGAUGAGAGAAGAGGAAUUGAGGCGUCUAAGGGCCCGCCAACUCGCACAGUCCCAGCCCAACCUCGCGGGUCUCGGAGCUGACGACCACGAGGACACUGACCUUCAGGACCACAUGUACACGCACGAGGUCAAUGGUCUUCGUUCGGUCCUCUCCAAUCCUAAUCUUCUGGAGGACGAGCCAGAGCAGACACAGGCCUCGGACAAGAUGGUGAGGAGGCGCAGCGCCCUGAUUGCCCAGUGGGAGAACCGAAUCCAGCAGACCAGUGACACCUGAGCCCACCUCCCAGAAAGCAUUUGGUGCUUGUCUCAGCAAGUUAAGCCAUAUGCAGACAGCCGGCCAGCUUGUCCUUGGCAGCCAUAAGAGCAGCCAAUUCAGCACUACAUAGCUUAUUUGACUCCUUAUCGUACAUUUGUCAGAAAGGCCUAACCUUGCUGUUGAAUUCCUAAGAUAUUUAGGCCUUGAUAUAUAUACAUAUAUAUAUUUUUAUUUAAUUGCUGCCAGGGUAGUAAAUUGUUAUAUAGUACAUACAAACUGUUAAGCAUGUUGCUCGGCUGCUGUGGCCAUUCUUGUGAUUAUAGUGUGAUAUAGUAUUCUUUAAUGUAUAAGUAAACUGCUUUCUACUAUGAUAACCUCAGCUAGCAGGGGGGGUGGGAAAGGGUGAUUAAUUAGAUAGGUAUCAAGACCCAGUCAUGGUACAGGAGCGCGUGCCACCCACUGUAAUUUCUUGGCUUCUGUGAAGGAUACAUACAUCCCAGAUUACAGUGCUUCCUAUUAAAUAAAACUGUAAUUAUUUACCGUACAUGGCAUAAGUGUGCUUUCUAGUUGUGGACAUGAGCCACAGGUAGAAUAAUAAUUUAUGUGACAGGACUAGGGAGCCUUUCUAGUGUUUUUUGUACAUAUGUAGAAUAUGCAAUAUGUUAUAUUUAGUACUUAAUCCUAUAGAAGCAUAUACGUUAUGCUGAUUGAGCUGCAUAAUUUAAUUGUUGAAUAAUAACCCUUUGUAUGUUAUUUUAGGAAUAACGUAGAUUAAGGUGGACAUAUUACCUUAUGGCGAGUCUGCAGGCAGGAUGAUCAUGUGGCUGCCUUAAGCCUAGCUGUAUCUCUUUGCACAAAUAAAAGCUUAUAACUAAA